AUGACUCCUUCGACCCUUGGUCUACCGUACGGUCAGCUGACUUAUUUCUCAGAAUUUCAAACAGCAGUACUCCUACUCUCCAAGAGGAGCGAGUUUAUCACUCGUUUCCUAUACUAUGUAAAGGAUGUUAUACAAUAUUUUUUGGCUCAACACCCUCAGCCAGCUGGAAAUCCUCAGCUCGCCCGUAAUAUUUUGACCUUGGCACGCAACCAGUUACAACAAACCAUUAGAAGAACCCCGCAUGGCAUAACUACCCCCGAACCUUAUCAAUCGGUUCACAGGCUUUUCAUUGUUGUUGUUGAACUUCUGAUGAUGGAAGAAACUCCCGAUCGUCAAAUACAAUCACGCAAGCGAAUUCCUCUCUCCCAGGGUCCAGGCCGCACUAGACGGGGAAAGGUGCCCUCAAGGGACGUGAUGAGAGGUGAACAUGAUGCCUAUGAUGAU